UCAUUCCCCCAGCAACUCGCAAGCGGAAAGCCGCUGAGGCGACGAUAUCCUCUGCUGGCACCGCUCCGAAUAAGAGGAUUCUCGCCUCAGCCGGCCCCGACACAGCUCCUCCCACACCGGUAACCACAGUCGCGGACGGCACCAUGGAUUCGGACGACGACUUCAUCUCCAACGUGUCUAGCGAGGAGGACAUCAUGCCAGACGAUAGUGACAAUGACAUGUCGAAUGAUGAAGAUUAUGGUUUCGACGAUGAGCCCGACGCGUACAGCGACUUGCAGAAAGAGCCCGGACACGGGAAGAAGGCCGUCUAUGACGUUGACUUCAGCGUCUACCAACCAAGCGACAUUCAGAAGCAACAAGAUGACCUGAUAGACGAGGUCAACAUGAUCCUGGACAUCUCAAAGGAGGAGGCGGCCAUUCUUCUCCGCUACUUCAGGUGGAACAAGGAGCGGUUGAUUGAGGACUACAUGGAUAGGUCUGGCCAGGUCCUUGAUGCUGCUGGGCUUUCUCGAAGUGCAGCUGGCCCCCCCAAGAUCCAGGUUAUUCCCGACUUUGUAUGCGACAUCUGCUGUGAGGACGAGCCCGGGCUCCAAUCGUUCGCCCUCAAGUGUGGCCACAGGUACUGCGUGGAUUGCUACCGCCAUUACCUCUCACAAAAGAUCCGGGAAGAGGGCGAAGCGGCGCGCAUCCAGUGUCCUUCUGAGGGAUGUAACCUCAUCAUCGACGCCAGGUCGUUGGAUCUUCUUGUACCCCAGGAUCUGACCGAUCGGUACCACGAGCUGCUGCACCGAACAUAUGUCGAGGAUAAGGAGACACUGAAAUGGUGUCCAGCCCCCGACUGCCAGAAUGCCGUUGAGUGCGGGGUGAAAAAGAAGGACCUCGACAGAGUGGUUCCCACCGUGUCCUGCCUGUGCGGCCACCGCUUCUGCUUUGGUUGUAUUCUGAACGACCAUCAGCCAGCUCCGUGCGAGCUCGUGAAGAAGUGGCUCAAGAAGUGUGCAGACGACUCGGAGACGGCGAACUGGAUUUCAGCCAACACGAAGGAGUGCCCAAAGUGCAACAGUACGAUCGAGAAGAACGGUGGGUGCAACCACAUGACUUGCCGGAAGUGCAAGCACGAGUUCUGUUGGAUGUGUAUGGGGCUGUGGUCCGAGCACGGCACGAGUUGGUACAACUGCAAUAGGUUCGAGGAGAAAAGCGGCAUGGAAGCUAGGGAUGCCCAGGCCCGCUCACGGGUAUCGCUUGAGCGCUAUCUGCAUUAUUACAACCGCUACGCCAACCACGAGCAGUCAGCCCGUCUGGAUAAGGACAUCUUCCAUAAGACAGAGAAAAGGAUGGUACAACUGCAGAAAGAAUCCGGCAUGUCAUGGAUCGAGGUGCAGUAUCUUAACUCGGCCUCCCAGGCGCUCCAGACGUGUCGGCAGACCCUGAUGUGGACGUAUGCAUUUGCCUUCUACCUCGCCCGCAACAACCUGACGGAGAUCUUCGAGGACAACCAGAAGGACUUGGAGAUGGCGGUUGAGGCCUUGUCCGAGAUGUUCGAGCGACCUAUAACUGAUCUCGCCGACCCAAAGCUGAAGGUGGAAAUCAUGGAUAAGACAACCUAUUGCAACAAACGAAGGGUGAUUCUUCUGGAAGACACCGCACAGAACCUCGCUGAAGGAAAAUGGACCUUCAAUGUCGAGUUGACGGGCUCGGCCGUCAAUGGCGGAGCGGCGAGCACCCGACGCUAGGAGGCGCUGGAGGUGUUCGGUACUGUGGCAGUAUUACUCCGUGCGUUCCUCGGCGAACGAACAAGGGCGGCGGCGGCAAUAUCAAGCCGGCAUCAGUUGUCAUAGUUGCCUGAAGCUCGAUGAUUUUGGGGGUUGACCGGAACGGUGCAUUUGGGCUUUGCUGGAGCCUACUCUGACCUGGGGUUUCACUAAGCAAACUGGCGUGUGGUUCGGCAUAGAUUGGGCACAUCUCCGGAGUUCGACUUGACCUGCAGCGCCUGCCGUGAUUGUUUGUGUACAUGUACAUUAGAUGGGAGAGGGCCGGGGCAUGGGACAGCG